GUCUCAUAGCACAGCCCCCAAAGUGGAGGUAUUAGGGAAUGUCGUGUGGGAAAAGCGCUAGAUUGCAGGGGGAAAAGUGGGUGUUUGUGAUCCACCCACCAUAUUUGAUUGCGCGCAGAAAGAGGGAAAAAGUGGAAAAAACCUGAUUGCUCGGGAUUACUGGGCUAUUGUUAUCUGACUAUGGGUCUCCAGGUACUGUUAGCCGAGGGCUUGUCUGGUUGUCACGGCUCGAGAGUGUUCAGGGAAGCCAGUUUGAGGAGAGUCUGUGGGGUGGAAAGUCGAGUUUUGGAGACGUCGGAGCGAUUGCGAGGGAGAACCAGAGCGCCAGAGUGAAAAGAGCCGCUGCCGAAACACAAGGAGGCCAGCAUGAAGUACCCUGGACACCCAUCCCAAGUGUUCUGCGAGCAGGUGGGCACCGUGACGACACUGUUCGAGCAGUGGAACGAGUGCGAACGCACCGUGGUGCUGUACGCCCUGCUGAAGCGCGUCCCCUUUGCCAAUCUCAAGUUCCUGCAGCUGUCUAUUGAGUACAACAUCGCGCAGAACUAUAAUUCCCAGUCACGACUGCAAAUCCUCGAGAGCAACUCGAACAACGGCGUAUUCCUGGCGAAGCUGCUCAACGCCUACAAGGGCAACAAGGACCAGGACGCUGUGAUCUACGAGGCGCUGGGUAAGCAGGAGCGCAAGGAGGACAUCCUCACGGAACUGCUGCAAUACUUGCCGCUGCUGAAGCCGGGCAAUGAUGAUGCCAAGGCCGUGUACAUGGCCAUCGUGCCCAUCGCUGUGGAUGACUCAGUGAGGCAACUCGUCCCGGCUGAGCUGGUGCAGCAGAUCCUCUCGUACUUGCUCAUCCAUCCGGCCGUCACGAGUGAGGACAGAAGGUACCUUAUCGAUAACACUAUGCUCACUAUCCCCCUUCUCAUGAGGUCUUUGGGGCAUUGGCUGCACAAUCUGGAGGAGUAUAUCAGCUCACCGUAUGGUAGCAAAUCGCAGUCCAAUUGUCUACUGGACACUGGGACACCGAAUUCGGGCAGUGCGACGCUGUGGCAGAGUCCGGCCGCCACCAAAACGGACUGCGGGGCUGCAAAGUGGGGUGGCGUCUUCUGUGACGACGGUGCGGCGCCUAUCAAGGAUUUCCGCAAGACAAUCGGGAAGAAUGUGGAGUUCAAGGCGACAGGCGGUGGGCCGCUGUAUGAGACACCGUCGGAUGAUCAGGAUGUGUCCUUCUCGAAGAACGGCACCGAGAUUCUCGAUUUUGACGAUGAGAACAAGUCCAACACGAAGAUCGCAUUCGAAUCAUUGACAUUGAGGGAUUUGCUGGCGGUGCCCAGUUUCUUGGAUGGCGCCGCUGCUGUGCUGAAGACAAGGCGCAGCAACAGCUUGACUGCUGGUCAGGUGGCGCCCAGCUCAGCAUCGGCGGAGAAUCUUGCCCAAAUGGCACAGAAGCCGCGCAGCUUCAGUUUGACGACUGUGGAGAGCACACAUGGUGUGCAAGCGCUGACGGCUGGUGGAUCGGAGACGCGCCUGGAUGACUUUAGGCCCAGUCUGACGAAGGGGCCGAACCACCAAGUGGGCAUGAGUGGCAUCGGGCAGUGGCUGAAGAGUCUGCGACUGCACAAGUACGUGUGGCUGUUCACCAACAUCACGUACGAGCAAAUGAUGGACAUCACGGAGGAACAUUUGCAGAAUCUGGGAGUGACUAAAGGUGCUCGUCACAAGCUCGUGCUGUGCAUACAGAAGCUUAAAGAGCGCCACAGCCACUUGAUGGAGAUUGAAAAGGGUCUGCUCACGGAUCAGGCCUUCCUGACGCCAGCUCUCGAGGAACUGGCCAAUGUUGUCCUGACACCCAUGCGUCCGGCAAAUCACUAUGCCAAGGAAGACGUGGCGGCGCAAUUCUACAAGGUUCUAGAACUGAUCGCUUCGUUGCUGACUAACAAGUCAGCUGCUGGGCAGGUGGAUGAGGAAAGCAUCGGAGCUUUCAUGUGGGUUCUUGAGCGCGCACUGCACAAUGAAGCCUUCGUGGCGCAGACGAAUCAGCUGAAGGAGUUCAAGUAUAAGAUGUCCAAGAUCAAGAUGCAGUUCGGAGCGUCAGCUAAUGCUGCCAAGGGACACUACAGCAAGACCGCGAUGAGCGCCAUGGGGAAAGCCAGGUGGACUCCUGGCGUGAAGCCCCACAAGAGUGGGCAGGACAAGUGUGUUAGGAAGAAUUCCACUGGCACACUUCCCGGUUAUCCGAUGGCUCUGCAGCAGCCGUCGUACAGCGAUCUUCACCACUCGGCGCCGCAGCAUCAUCACCAUCAGACGCCGAGUCACUAUAAUAAGUCCUCGUCCUAUCCCAACUUCAGCAGCUCGGCAAAGCCACUCCAUCAGGCCUUCCCGGCGCAGCCGCCGUACCACAGGCACUCGCUGAACAGUCUCAUGGGCGCGAAGAGCUACGUGAACAAGGAGAAUGCGCCGCGGACGCAGCAAACGUCCACGCAGCCGUCGUUCAGCAGCGUCUUGGGGCCGCAGAACGCGACAGAUGCGAGGCCCAGGGAGGUGGGCAAGAGUGCCAAGAGCAGCAUCGGCGAGAUCAACAGUCGCCUGGAGUUUCUCUGCCUGCAGAUGACGGAGCAGGCCAUCAAUUGAGCUACUGAUUGUCCAUGAAUGUUCCUCAGUGUGUUGUCCCUGUGUGAAGGUGUAGUUUCACGAUCGGCCGACUCUUCACCGCCCCCCUUUUGAAUGUUGUUCACACCCUCACGAAAGACAAAGGCCCGGCGAUGGCCCGAAAGUUGAAUUUUCACCCUAUAUUAUACUAUUAUCAUAUUUAGUUGACGACGAGAGUGUUGAUAAGUGGAAAAGAAGCUGUGAAAUCUUUUUGUUAGGUUCUUACAAAGAAGUUGUUUUGUUGCAAUUGCGAUAGUUUUGACGAUUUAUACCAAAUAAUGUGUGGAGAAUCCAUAUGAAGGCAUAAAAGAGAAGUGGUUAAAUUCAAUUUAUUUUUUUUUCUGUAUUAGACGUGCUUUGCUAGUCAAUAUGUAAAGUUAAGGAUGACGAGGCGGGAAUUAAUGUAUUUCAAAUUUAUGAAAACUUUUUGCAAACUUAUGUGAAUGGAUAAAACUUAUAAAUGAUAACAAAAAAAUGUGACAUUCCAACUGGGUAUUAGAGAAAAUAGCAAAAUUAUUUCUUCCAUCCCGCAGCCCAGAAAAAGAGUUCUAUGAAAUAGAGAGGAUAAAAGAAAAAUUAAAUGCUAUUCACAAAGUUAUAUCAAUGUUGGCGUGUGGAGAAGAAAACAAUCCGACAAAUCCGUACUAAAAAUGCGAAAUAAAUCUAUUUUCGUGGCGAAGAUUUAUGAAUGUGAAUAGAUGAUAAAGGAAGUGAUAAAGAGUAGUUAGCCAAAAUGUGUAAGAGAGAUUCGAUUCACAAAUAAAAUCAAUUAACUGA